AUGGCCACCUCCUCCUCAUCCAAUCUGGAAGAAGAGGAGAGUCUGAAAGGGUGUGAGGUGUUUGUGCAGAAACACAACAUCCAGCAGAUCCUCAAAGAGUGCAUUGUCAACCUGUGCAUCGCCAAGCCUGAACGUCCCAUGAAAUUCUUGCGUGAACACUUUGAAAAGCUGGAGAAGGAAGAAUGCAAACAGAUUCUGGCCCGUCAGAAGUCCAACUCUCAGUCGGACUCUCAUGACGAUGAGGUGUCCCCCCCUCCACCCAACCCCGUGGUCAAAGCUCGCCGUCGGAGAGGGGGGGUCAGUGCCGAGGUUUACACGGAGGAGGAUGCGGUCAGCUAUGUUAGGAAGGUUAUUCCCAAGGACUAUAAAACCAUGACAGCGCUGGCUAGAGCCAUAUCCAAGAAUGUUCUCUUUGCUCAUCUGGACGACAAUGAGAGAAGUGACAUAUUUGAUGCAAUGUUCCCUGUCACUCACAUCGCUGGGGAGACGGUCAUUCAACAAGGUGAUGAAGGGGAUAACUUUUAUGUGAUUGACCAAGGAGAAGUGGAUGUGUAUGUGAAUGGCGAGUGGGUGACCAGUAUUGGAGAGGGGGGCAGUUUCGGGGAGUUGGCUCUGAUUUAUGGCACUCCUCGUGCUGCCACAGUUAAAGCCAAGACUGACCUCAAACUGUGGGGCAUCGACCGGGACAGCUACCGCCGCAUCCUCAUGGGCAGUACACUGAGAAAGAGGAAGAUGUACGAGGAGUUCCUUAGUAAAGUGUCCAUACUGGAGUCCCUAGAGAAGUGGGAACGGUUGACGGUGGCUGAUGCUCUUGAGCCAGUGCAGUUUGAGGACGGAGAGAAGAUUGUUGUGCAAGGAGAACCAGGAGAUGACUUCUUCAUCAUCACAGAGGGUACUGCGUCUGUGCUGCAGAGAAGGUCAGAUAAUGAAGAGUAUGUGGAGGUGGGCCGUCUAGGACCAUCAGACUACUUUGGUGAGAUUGCUCUGCUGUUGAACAGGCCUCGUGCUGCCACCGUGGUGGCCCGGGGACCUCUGAAGUGUGUGAAACUGGACCGGCCGCGGUUCGAGCGUGUCCUCGGCCCGUGCUCCGAAAUCCUCAAGAGGAACAUCCAGAGAUACAACAGCUUCAUCUCCCUCACCGUGUGA